AUCAUAUCCAGCUUUGGCUCAUCCCAUCAACCAAAAGCUGCCCACCCUUCUACCUUUUUGAAAUGAUAGAUAUUUUUUUUAAAUAAAACAAAUACGUACAUUUUAAAAUGGAACCCUAACAAGAGAUGUCAUUCUUGCCUUUCAGGAACAGGCCGAUUACGAUCCAUGUUCUGCUCGUGGUAUAAGGGAAAUAAUGGACUUGUUUGGAUAUCUGUACUCGAAAGAUGGGUGUCUCUUGGGCUACCAAAAUUUGGGCAAUGUCUUCUCUGUGCGGCUAUAUUCAACAAGAUACCAUGUGUUUGCUAUGGAGGAUGGCAAAGUGUGCGCUCUAUUGUUUGGAUACAAUCUGGAGAUUCCAGCUCUGCGCGAGAAUCUGACAAUCAAAUGCCUUUCAACCCCUGUUAGGGUUCCAUUUCAGGUGCUUGCUGUAUCCAUCUUUAGUGUAGUGAAAUUGUGUGAUGCUGCUCGUGCACUGCAGGAUAAAGCACCAUGUAUGCCUCUUGCUGCUCGUCAUCGUCUUAGUGAUUAUAAAGAACAUGAGAGCGCAUUCCUGUCUCUUGAGAUUGAGAGCCAAUACAUCUUCCAGGCAGAAGACGGUCGUGGUUCUCUUCUUCGAGGGGCAUUCUUCCCCUAGACCCUUAACCACUUCACCUAAUUUUAUGUCGCCUGCCAUUUUCACUUCCAAUGCCAUGGAUUUUCAUUAUGUUUGCACUCUGUAUGGGUUGGGUUUUAUUUUAUGCUAUGUAUGCACACUUGGUUCUCUCCCUCUCCAUUUUAUUAGUAGUGUACUUGGUAUUUAAGCAAUUUAUGUUGUUACACUAAUUGAGCUUCUGAGGUUGAAAUAGAGUUUCAUGGCUAUGCUGCUUUAGUGAUAUUCAAAACACAACUGCAAAAAGUUUGUUGGAGAGAGAGAGAGAGAGAGAGUUUCCAUGAACUUUUCAAACAUUUUGUGUACUCAUGGUAUUAGUUAGUCAUGUAAUAAACAACUUUCAUGGCAAAUUAUAUGGUACAUCCAAUUAUAUCUUCCUUUAGGUGCAACCUGAUAUUUUUGUAAAUUGUACGAACUUUUUAUCCAAUGCUCAGAACAUAUAUGAGAACUAUUAUAUAUGACAAUGAGUACUAACAGAUUUGAGAAUGAGUACCAGCACUUAUGACAAUUAUCAAAUUCUUAUUCAAUACAAACAUUGGAUAAACUUGGGUUUUAAAUUCUCCAUGCUCAGAGAGUAUAAAUGAGUAGGAACGAAUCGAAUGGAGGAAGAAGUUGAUGAUGAUACUGAACUCUUUAAUUGUGAAAAAAUUGAACAAUACUUUAUUUCAGAAUGAACAUUUCCUUAUUUG